AUAAGCGGUGCUGAUGCUGUGCCAAUGGGGGAUAUCCAGAUAAGCAUCAUCUGUACGGAGUGAGGGGGGACAACACGCUGGAAAGAGACGGCAGAGCUAGAAGAAGCUGCUGGCGUGAUUAAGGUGUGGUCAUGGGAGCAUUCAGCCGACAGAAGUUUUUCCAGGAGCUUGCUCAUGGCUGCCUGCUGCCCACAGCUCAGCAGGGUUUGGAGCAAGUGUGGCAGCUGCUGGUCAUCUGCCUGCUGUGUCGUCUUUUGUGGAUGUUGGGACUCCCCUCUUUUGUGAAACACUUGUGCACAGUGGCAGGAGGUUUCUACACUCUCUACCUGUUUUUUGAGCUCCAUAUGAUCUGGGUGGUGCUCCUCAGCCUUCUCUGCUACCUCUUCCUCUUCCUCUGCCGUCACUCUACCAUGCGAGGCACCUUCCUUUCCAUAACUGUGCUCAUUUACCUGCUUUUGGGAGAGCUGCACAUGAUGGACACCACCAACUGGCACAAGAUGAGAGGUUCACAGAUGGUGGUUGCCAUGAAAGCCAUCUCCCUGGCCUUUGAUUUGGACAGAGGAGUUGUGACCAGUGUACCCUCUCCCAUUGAGUUUAUGGGCUAUAUUUACUUUGUGGGCACAGUCAUCUUCGGUCCCUGGAUCAGCUUCAGCAGCUACAGAGAAACUUUGCAAGGACGUAAGCUGAGCUUUUCAUGGCUUUUGAAAGUGUCCGUUAGCUGGGUGAAGAGUCAGAUCUGCCUUGUUAUUUCCAACUGUGUUGCACCGUACCUAUUCCCCUAUUUUGUACCCAUCUAUGGAGACAAGCUACUGCGAAGCAAAAAGCGGAGGAAGAUCAGAGACACGGCAGCAAAGUGGUUGCUGGCUUACGAGAACACAAUGUCUUUCCACUUCAGCAAUUAUUUUGUGUGUUAUUUGAGUGAGACGACUGCCACUCUAGCUGGAGCCGGUUUCACCGAGGAGAAAGAAAACCUCAAAUGGGACAUGACGGCCGUAAAACCACUGAAUAUAGAAUUUCCGAGAUCUAUGGUGGAGGUGGUCACAUCAUGGAAUCUGCCGAUGUCUCGCUUUCUGAGCACCUAUGUUUUCAAGAGCUCUCUCAAAUUUGGAACGUUUUCUGCAAUCAUGGUGACAUAUACAGCCAGUACCCUACUGCACGGUUUAAGUUUUCACCUGGGUGCAGUGCUAAUGUCGCUCGGAUUCAUCACGUACAUUGAACACGUGUUGCGGAAAAGGCUUGCAGACAUUUGUAAUGCCUGUAUACUGUCAAGAAAAUGUCAGCCACAAUGCAGUCACAAGAACAAAAAGGAAUUGUGGGUGUAUACGAUUAACAUAGCGUUCAGUGCUUUGGCUGUCCUCCACCUGACAUACCUCGGCUCCGUCUUCAGCUCCAGUGUGGACGACAUGGAGGAGGACGAGGAUGAUGUGACCCAUCAUACCAUUCAGAAAUGGUCAGAGUUGAGCUGGACAAGCCACUGGGUCACAUUUGGAUGCUGGAUAUUAUACCGCCUCAUCCUCUAAUAGAGAGACACAGACAACGAGAGAGCAAAGGAAGCAAUAAUGAGAAAUGUAAGACUGCUUCUUGCACUUCUGCACUGUCACGUUACCACAGACUGAUGAGAACAGAAUUAACCUGCUUACAGUAAACCAACAGGCAGCACUGCCAGAUCAGGGCGUGCUGGAUCCAUUAUUGGAACCUGCCGAGGACUUGUUUUGAUAUCGGCGAUUGCCCGCUCCCUCCCCUCCUUUUCUCCACACCACAUCCUUUUAAUCUGAGCCGCAGUUGUCGAGCCUUCAAGUUGUGACGGCAGUUACCAACGUCUCACUGAGACUCACAGUCGAUACCUAUCAGCGCGGCAGAGAUCCGCUCCGCUGUCUCAGCAGGAGAGUCGACUGCAGCAGAUGUCUUUCAGUCAUGUUUCCCCUGAAGUGUUUGAAUUGAAUAUUUAUUUUU